GUAAAACCCGAGCUUAAAUCGGACCAGACAUGGCUUUCGUGCUUCGCUUUGCCAAAACGGUGCGCAAUAACUGGAAGAAAUCGACCGUGUUCGCCAGUGCCGUUGCGUACGGUGUGUCGUACUCGAAUGAAAAAUACGAAAUAAAACAGUUGAUGCGAUACUACUGCACGGAAGCAUCACGCUAUGGGGACGUAAAGAUAAGCCAAACUCAGCGACCACACAAGGUUCUGGUACUGCUGAAUCCGGCAGCGAACCGCAAAUCCUCUGAGGAAGACUUUCAAAACUACUGCGAACCGAUACUACAUUUGGCCGGUUUCGAGGUGGACGUCGUGAAGACCGACUCCGAGGGUCACGCCCGUCGGUACGUGGAAGAGUUGGCCACCCUCCCGUAUGCCCUGAUCGUCGGCGGUGGUGAUGGAACGCUUUCCGAAGCCGUGUCGGGCAUGAAGCGGCGACCGGACGGUGCGCAGUGCCCGAUCGGUGUGCUGCCGCUCGGGCGAACCAACACACUGGCCACGAAGCUUUUCACGGCCGAAGGUGCCAAACAUUCCGAUCUGGAGCACGUCCGCACGAUGGCCAACGCUGCCUAUGCCGUCAUUGCGGGCAAGAAGGAAAAGAAGGACAUAAUGCGCAUCGAGGUGCUUCCGAGUGAGGCCGAUGAAACGCCACCGGAAAAACCGGUGUAUGCGCUCGGUGCCCUGCAGUGGGGUGCGUUUCGGGACAUUCUAGCACUGAGAGACAAGUACUGGUACACGGCCUCCCUGCGCGAGUACACGGCGUUCCUUUUCAACGCCUUCGACGGUGGCCACACGUGGAACUGUAAGGCACGGCUCGCUUAUACGGAACCCUGCACCGGAUGCAGUAACUGCUACCGGGAUCUGGACGAUCAGUGGGCCGCUACCAAGAAACAGGAGCAACAGCCCCGGAGAUGGUGGUCGGUGUUUGUGCCGCGCUCGAAAGGGCCCGCCAAAACGGAUUACACAAAAAUAGUCAACGACAAGUGCUCGGUAAGGCACGAGCUUGAGGUUGACCCCUCGGAGUUGAUCGUAAAGACGAACAAUGUGGACGAAAGUGACGAAGGUGGUGAAACGAAGCCGAGUGAAAGUUCAAAGCUACGGUUAGUUGUGGGACCUUCGGUGGAAUCGGGUUUCAGUUUUAUCGGUGAAAGCUGGAGCCGGCUGCGGGGUCGUAAAUAUCUCGAAAGCGCGCCGACCGCCGUCAUCAGUGCGAGGACGAUUGAACUGUUACCCGAACGAUUGAAGGUGGAAGAGACCGAUCCGGAGCUGUACUACUCGAUCGACAACGAAGCUUUCGAAGUUCGGCCCGUGCGGGUAACGCUCGUCCCCAAAGCGGUCGAAAUUUUUACUUUCUAGUUCUAGAACAAUAAACCCGGAUGACAAUGGUGGUGAU